AUGAAACUGCUGGUAAUUACAAUGAUUCUAGCCCUCGUGGCUGUAGCAAUAGCUGUCCCACUAAUUCCAUCAGAGUUAGGACAGGAAAAACCUCCGAAAUCUCCGGUUAAAUCGAGCGACUUGGAAGCUUCGGAGAGCGGCUUCUACCCCUAUUUCUACCCCUACUAUUACUACUACCCCUACGUAGUCGUUGGAAAAUGA